UAACGAAACGCAAUUGGUUAUUGACAUUUUGGCGUGUAGCGAAGCUUUCGGCAAUGAAUGUAGCGUUUUUAUCACAUAAAAUGUAUUUAUAAUAGUUUUUAAGCCAUUUUAAUUACACAAUAUGUAUGGAUAUUACAUUAGUGACCACUAUAAACGGCCCUAAAUAGUUUUAAAGUGAGAAUAAGACGGUGAAAAGUUAAAAAUGAGUGUCCAAAAGAAUAACGGGCCCAUCAUAGACCCUGCUUUGUGUAGAUGCUGCCGAGCUAUAAAGAAAUGUAGGGUCCUAACGGCUGAAUAUAACUGGAUGGGCAAGAAGGAAGUAUACGCCGACAUGGUCAUGGAUUGCUAUGGUAUAUUGUUAUCUCACGUGGAUGACAAUGAAAAAGACUCAGGCGUGUGCGCGACGUGCGUGGUGCGCCUGCGCGAAGCCAUAGCGUUCCGGCGCCAGGUGCUGCAAUGCGAGGAGCUGUUCCUGCAGGCGAAGCUGGCUCCGCCCGAGGAGGACACCAAUAAUAUUAACUAUGAAAACAAACUAAAGAAGCUAGAGCUUGAAAACAUAGAGCUGAAAACUGAGCCGAGGGACUACAACAGCGACCACAACUCCGGGGAAAACCAUGACGACGCACUACACACUUAUAGCGAUGAUGAAGACAACAAACCCCUAAAACCCGAGUCAAAACCCGAGGACCUGCCCCUAAAAGACUCCGAAGUAAAGAGCGAAGACUCCGAGGACUACAACGGGAGCUCCAGCGACUCCGACGAGCCCAUCAAGAAGAAAGCCAAAAGGAAGAAGAAGACAAACGGGAAAGAAAAGAAGAAAACGGCUAAGAAGCAGAAAGCAGGUACCUCAGCGAAGAAAGCACCUAAAGUGAUAAAGAAACCGCCUGUGGAAAAGAAAAACACAUACGACAGGGACCUAGAUUGUAUGUCAGAAGAAAAUCUACUCACCAUCAUAGAGUACUCGUACGUGUGUCCGUUCAAGAAUAGGAGGAAUAAUUAUUACUGCUUCUACUGUAAGGACUACUACGCCAAACCAGAGGACCUCCGAGCGCACACCGUCUCCCACGACACGAAACCAUUCCAGCUCCUGAUGGGUUACAAAAAAAUGCCCAAAAUCGACAUCACCCGCAUCGACUGCCGCCUCUGCACCACCAAGAUCGACGACCUGACCACCUUCAAACAACACAUAGACCAAAUACACGGCAAAAAGAUAUACUUCGAGGCACCGGACAAAAUGUUACUCUACCGUCUAACGUGGAACGACCUUGUAUGUGUCAUGUGCAGUGAUGUGUUUGAGGAUUUUAACGCUUUAAACACGCAUAUGGUCGAACAUUUCAGCAAUUACACUUGUGACAUGUGCGGAAUGUGCUUCUUAGAGAAACCUAGGUUGGACGCCCAUUUGAAACGACAUAAGGAUGAUGAAAGACACACUUGUGAGGUCUGCGGUAAGGUGUUCAAAAGUAAUCACUAUAAGGAUAUGCACGUGGAUAUUGUUCAUAAGAAGAAGGCUAUAAUACGUUGUCCGCGUUGCGACGAGUGCUUCAUGUCUUACGCUUUGAAAAAUAAACAUUUAACAGAAGCGCAUGGACAGAAACGUACGUAUCCUUGCAAUUUAUGCGAUAAAAUUUAUAACAGACAGAAAACUUUAACCGAACAUCAGCGUAGGAACCAUCAGAAAGUCUUAAAACAUCAGUGUGAGUAUUGCGACCAGAGAUUCUACUUACCAUCCAGGCUGAAAGAGCAUAUGGCAACGCAUACUGGGGAAAGAAACUUCCGUUGUGAGUACUGUGAUAAAAGUUAUCCCAGACUUAAAUCUUUGCAGUAUCAUAUACGGACGCAUACGAACGACCGUCGGUACAGAUGCCAUAUAUGUGGGCAGGCCUUUAUACAGAAUGCCAGCUUGAAAUCGCAUAUUAAGAGCCACCAUCCUGAGUGCGAUAUUGAGCAAUGCUAUUUUUAAGUUUACACUUUGAAUGGACUGCUUUAGUUGUCAACGUUUAGGUCAA